AUGGAUUCCUCACGACUUUCCCUACGUCCAUUCAAUCUCUCUGAUGUUGAUGACUUCCUGAAAUGGGCUAGUGAUGAUAGAGUAACGCGGUAUCUUAGAUGGGACUCCAUCACCUCUAGGGAAGAAGCAUUGACAUAUCUUGAGAAGGUUGCCAUACCCCAUCCUUGGCGUCGGUCCAUAUGUUUGGAUGAUCGUUCAAUUGGCUACGUUUCAAUUAGGCCAGAAUCCCGCGAUGACAGAUGCAGAGCACACAUUAGUUAUGCUGUGGGCACAGAUUACUGGGGGCAAGGGAUAGUCACCACUGCAUUGAAGAUAGCCGUCUCUAAGGUGUUCAAAGAGUUCCCAGAUUUGGUGAGGAUAGAGGCAAUGGUAGAGGUAGAAAAUAAGGGGUCUCAAAAGGUGUUAGAAAAGGUUGGAUUUCUUAAAGAAGGGUUGUUAAGAAAGUACGGAUUUUGUAAAGGAGAGAUCAGAGACAUGUUUAUCUAUAGCUUCUUAGUGACAGAUAGUUUGUUGUGAGUGAUAUUAAUUAUAAGCUGUGCCUUUAGUCUUACAAUCUUCUUCUUUCAAUUUUUGUUUUCCCAUGUCUUUGAGUUAUGAACUAUUGGAGCUAGAUUUUAAAUGUUUGGUAAGGUUAGGCCCUCCAUUUAUACUGAACUUGCAAAAGCUAGAAGUUGAUUACAUUUCCCAGCUGGAAAUUGAUUAUAUCUCCUACUUGUCACAACAUCCAUUAUCUCUGCAUUCAUUGUGAGCUACAUCUGUGCCUCUAAUGCUACUUAUCACUUAUAUCAUUUCAGCAAUAUAAAUCAGGUCCCCACUCUGUUGUCUUUCAAUUAGAGCUUGAAUUUAAAGGCAGAAAUUUUUGUAUUUCAGACAUUAUCAUCUACAUCACUAUGGUGUUUGUUGGCAUCUACUUUGUUUUCUCUGAACUGUUUAAAGAAGAUAUGUUUGUAUUCCUAUGCCAGCCAUGUAUAAUCUAAGCAUAAUAAGAGUUUGACAAUCACGUCCCACAUCAUGAAAGCAGGAAAAGAGCUCAAAGCAGUCUUACUAUAAAAAAGAGCACAUUUUAGGAGUAAACUCAUACCUUUCUCGGCCUUUUGGCUAAGAUCAAGUGUAGUAUCUGUUCUUAUCAGUUUAAUAUCUGAUAUGUGGGUCAUCGGCUCACACGAUAUUAAAUUUAUUUCUUGAGGGGAAGAGCCCACCACAGUAGCUUGCUACUGGGAUUCUUAAGCGUCGCCCAUGCGUUGCACUAGAGCUUGGGCCUGGCGCAGCCCACCCAA